CGCAGCCCAAGCGCCGAGCGCGCGGGGGGCUCUCCGCACCCGGGCCGGGGCCUCGCCCGCCCGCCCGCAGCCUGCACUGCAGCCCGGCCUUGAAAAUGUCCUUCUACCCCUGCAACAGCACCGGCUCGGUGCAGAGCGGCAACUCGGCGACAGUGGGCGGGGUGCUCUUCAGCGCGGGCCUCCUGGGCAACCUGCUGGCCCUGGGGCUGCUGGCGCGCUCGGGGCUCGGGUCGUGCCGGCCGCGCCCGCAGCCCUCGGUCUUCUACGUGCUGGUGUGCGGCUUGACGGUCACAGACCUGCUGGGCAAGUGCCUGGUGAGCCCGGUGGUGCUGGCUGCCUACGCGCAAAACCGGAGCCUUCGGGGGCUGGCACCCGCGCAGGGCGACUCGCUGUGCCAAGCCUUUGCCUUCAUCAUGUCUUUCUUUGGGCUCGCCUCGACGCUCCAGCUCUUGGCCAUGGCCCUGGAGUGCUGGCUGUCCCUGGGACACCCGUUCUUCUACCAGCGGCACGUCACUCUGCGCCGGGGCGCGCUCGUGGCGCCGGCCGUGGGCACCUUCAGCCUGGCUUUCUGCGCGCUCCCUUUCGCGGGCUUCGGGGACUUCGUGCAGUACUGCCCCGGCACCUGGUGCUUCAUCCAGAUGAUCUCCGGAGACGGCUCGCCGUCGGUGAAGGGCUACUCGGUGCUGUACUCCAGCCUCAUGGCGCUGCUGGUGCUCGCCAUCGUGCUGUGCAACCUGGGCGCCAUGCGCAACCUCUACACCAUGCACCAGCGCCUGCGGCGGCACACGCGGAGCUGCGGCCUCCGGGACCGCGCGGGCCCGGGCGCCCGCCCGAGCGAGACGUCCCCGCACUCCCUGGAGGAGCCGGACCACCUGCUGCUGCUGGCCCUCAUGACCGCGCUCUUCACCAUGUGCACGCUGCCUUUAGUCUAUCGCGCUUACUAUGGAGCAUUUAAAGCUGCCCGAGAAGAGCCAGACGACCUCCUAGCCUUGCGUUUUCUCUCUGUAAUUUCAAUCGUGGACCCUUGGAUCUUUAUCAUUUUCAGAACCUCAGUAUUUCGGAUGUUUUUUCACAAGAUUUUCAUAAGACCUCUUCUGUAUAGAAACUGGCACAACCACUUCUACCAAACUAAUGUGGAAUCCAGUCUGUGACAAAGGUUCCUGCGCUCUGGUACACUGAAGGAUGUAUCACGUCUUCAAAUAAAGAACUCACAAUUUAAAAAAAAUACAAAACUUGACCUUCUGAAUCUUUAAAAGUUAUCUCCCAUAACAAAAGCAUCUAGGUAUACCUUCAGAACUACUUGGUAUGUCUCAUGAAUGUGUUGGCAUUCUUGUUCAUGAACCAUUUUGGUACGUUUUUCAUUUCAUGCUAAUGGGAAUUAAAAUUUUGUAUGUUGUAAAUAAUCUUUAAAGUCUUAUAGCAAUGAUAUUAAUUGUCCCAAUGUUUGUACCAGGUGUCCCUAAGUUUUGAGGGAAGUCUCGAGACCUACGGGUCUUAUUUAAAUACAGUAGAAACACCACUGUUUACAAUAUGUGAAGAGUGUUCUCUAAAAACAUAGCAGUGACUUAUGCUAUUUAUUUCCAGUGAAAUCUGACUUGUUUAUUUCAUGUCAUAAUUGCCCCCGUGUAGUUAUUUUUUGUGUCAGUUGGACUAAGUAUGGCCUGAAUUACAGACACUCUUCAGAGAAGUGUGAUGAGACGUGCAACCAGGUCAAGCACAUGGAAGAUUUCUCCAGCCACCAUCUGGGGACACUGCCUGCCUCAGGUGGAGACUCCAAGCUAUAAGUAGACAUGAAGUUAGAUACGACCAUGUCCCCAACUCAGAGAAGCAAAAGCUAUUAUUAUUUGAAACACAGUAUGGAGGCAAGGGUGUCAGUAGGAAUCAAUAUUUGGUAGUGAGUUACCAAAUGCUCUUUCAGUGUUUGGAACUUGCCAUUUGAUGGGUUUAUUGUGUUGAUGGAUUCUUUGUGUUGAUGGAUUUAUGGCUCUCAGAAGAGCAAUGACGGAUGGCGCUAUAGAGAGCUGUGUCUACUGAGUCAAGGUCUGUGAAGCAGGAGAUGUGUCCUAGUGAGAAGCCCACCCUGGACCUAGUGGGUCAGUUGAGCCUGGUGGCAAUGACUUUAACACCAUUCAUGACAGCAAGGGGUAUUCUGCUCUUUGGAGAGACAGAAGUUAUCGAGCCUUCUGUGAACUGUGCUUUCAGAACUGGAGUGGGAUGCGGUUCAAAAGGAGCACAAUCGAGCACUUUAAUUGCACUUCUAACGGUUUACAAAAGUAGCAACACUACGACCCUAAGGGAAAUGUGGGGGAAACUGUAAGCCAGCUUGUGGCAAGAGCUUUCAGUUUUGGUAAAAGGACAGAGCAGGGGUGCUGCACAGCUUGGCAUCUCUGGAGUCCCUUUGUACCCCAACACACUCCGACUCUGACAUGGAGAUGGAGAGCUGCUACACUGGAAUCAUCACUUGUCGAAGCAAGGCCUGUUCCCGCCUUCACCACAACCUCAUUCUUUUCGCCUUGGCUUUUGUGAUGUCUCAGAGAUGGUGUUAGCCAAAUCAUACGUCAUUUUUUUGUAUAGCGAAACUGUGAAAAGCUUAAUUAGGAAGAUAAGAGGUACAAUUUGAGAGCAUGACAUAAUGAAAAAUGCCAUUGUUUUGGAAGGUUCGCUUUCAUUGUAUGUUCUGUGAGUAUGCAUGUUUUUCUUUUGUCAGAGGAAAUGCAUUUUUUGUGCUACCCUUUUGAAAUGUACGUUAUGAUGAUUGUCCAGGUAAUUUGAUAAGGGUCCAGAUGAAUCAAUAAACAUAAUUUUAUAAUA